AUGCAGCCGUCCUUGUGUGUUUUAGAACCAGCUCCUGGCUGACCAUGGACAUAAUCCUCUCAUGAAAAAAGUGUUUGACGUCUACCUGUGCUUUCUUCAAAAACAUCAGUCUGAAACGGCUUUGAAAAACGUCUUCACUGCCUUGAGGUCGUUAAUUUAUAAGUUUCCCUCGACGUUCUACGAAGGGAGAGCUGACAUGUGUGCCGCUCUGUGCUACGAGAUCCUGAAGUUCUGCAACUCCAAGCUGAGCUCCAUCAGGACCGAGGCCUCCCAGCUGCUCUACUUCCUGAUGAGGAACAACUUCGACUACACUGGGAAGAAGUCCUUCGUCCGGACGCAUUUGCAA